GAGAGGGAGUCAGUAUGUCUGUGCUCGCUCACACACAUCUCCCUGUCUCUCUUACCCUCCCACAGCAAUCCCUGAGGCGGCCCUGAGCCCGACUUUACGUAGCGACAGUCCCAUCCCUCAGGCCCACACGGCGACUGCGAAAGCCAGCAACCAGGAGGACGAUGUGAGAAUUGACCCGCAGCUGGAGAAGAACAUUCUGGAACAUCUGUCCGACCCGGGCCUAGUCCUCCCGACUGACUCCAUCGCCAUCAAGAAUGCACUUCAGGCUCAGGUGCCGUGCUCGGUCUCCCAGGCCAGCGUUGAGAGCCUGCUGCAGAAGUUCUCCAUCCAGGAGUUGAUCCAGAUCCGAGCCGCACCGUGCGCAGAUGGUCACUCGCUGACCAUGGUCACCUGGGCCGACCACGCCAAGCUGUCAGCCAUGGCGGUGCUGGUGCCCAGGGACCGGGGCCCCCGGCCCUCCGAGCAGCAGGCCGCUGGGACGAAAAGGCGGCUCGAGCCAGAGGGCCCGGCGCUGGCACUCCCGUCCGAGAGGAAGGUGGCAGAGCCCCUGAAGAAGUCCCGCAAGGUGGCGUCGGACCUCGACCUGGAGAUCGAGGACCUCCUCAACCAGCAGAGCAUCAAAGAGAGACGAAUCAUUAACAAGCACACAGAUAAGGCUCUGGGGGACUGCUCCUUCCUCAAUACCUGUUUCCACAUGGACACCUGUAAAUACAUUCACUAUGAGAUCGACAGCUCCAUGGAUGAUGCUCCGUGCCUGGCCGGAGCAGAGAACUGUUCAAGUGAGAACGCACUCAACAAGGAGGUCAGCAACGACCCCAGCCUGGGCAAACUCUUCCCCCCCCAGGUAAGGCACCGCGUGCUGUGUCUCUCAGUGACAGUCCCUGUGUUGCAGGUUGGAGUGAAAGGAAACCCGCAGGGAUUUAACAGGGGCCUGGACUGUGACGUGAUUGUAGCUGAGGUCCGAUCGACGAGUCACAAACCGGACGAGAUUUAUGGGAUGAUUGAGCGACUCUCUCCCGGGACCAGGAAGAUCGAGCUGUUUGGCCGACCCCAUAAUGUACAGCCCAACUGGAUCACACUGGGGAAUCAGUUGGAUGGGAUCCACCUGUUGGAUCCUGACGUUGUGGCGCGUUUUAAGAAAGGUUAUCCCAAUGGAGUCAUCACCAAAGUCAAGAAUCUGUGAGGGUGCGGAUUGGCGACGGAGGGUUUGAGCUGAGUCCCCGCAGCCCCCACCCCCCGCCCCGUGUCGCUGAGGCUCUCCCUUGUUGUAGUGAGCGGGUUCUGUGUAAAUAUGCUGUGACUGUUACAGCGCAGUGCUGGCUGGCUCUCUGCGCUCAUGGUCCAAGGAGCACUGACCUUCUGAAUAAAGCUGAGUGAGUUACCA